AUGGUGGUGGGAGAACAGAGGAGCUUUGGCAGUAUGGACGAAAAAGGAAGUUUUAAGAAGUUCUGUUCAUUUCAGCCUAUUGCAACGACGCCACCGCAUCCUGGAUUGAAGGAAGAGCCACUGAGCCAAAGCAGCAGUGGGACCCAGAUUUCAAGCACCAGCGGUGUUUCCUUGGGAGAAGCCAUUAGGCGUAGGUCUGCUUUGAAUAAGGAGAUGGAAACAUGGUAUCUUCCUCGUGCAGAAACAGAUAACAGCAAUCUCAUCAUGACUGUAGGAUGGGGAGUUGGCCAAACCCAAGGAGACUGUAACAUAACAGAAUUUCCAACUAUGGAGGAAGGCUUGGUCACUCCCACCGUGAAUUCUAGAAGGCAUCAAGCAUCUGAAAUGACUCACUCCCCCCUACUGGAGAUUCAGGACAGUCAGCUUUCUCCCAACCUCCCGCUGCUGACGACACACGCAACGCAAGGGCAGACUUUCUUUAGUGAGACCCUUUUUCAGCAAACAGGAUUGGAUUUUGCUGCAUUGAGAGCAACUCCAGACUUUUCAGUUACAGCUUCUGAGAAGCCUUCCACACAUUUGCAGAUAAGUGAAGCUGUGCAAUUGGCAGCCCGAGAAAUUGGCCCAGAAUGCUCCAGGGAGUGCUUCUCUCUGUCCCAGCAUCCCCUGGCUUUCAGCAUCAUGACUCAUAACAAUGCCACUCUGGGUAGCUAUUUGUCACAGCAUCCUCUUUCUUUUUCUGAGCAAGUACCUGUGGAGCAAAGGAAUUACAGUGAUUGGCAAAUGCCUCACGUUGACAUAAAUGCUAAAACCCUGGUCUCUGAGGAGGAGAAUUCUGGAAUGCUGUGUUCACAGAUGUGGCAAAAUCAGCAACUGGCCAUGCAGCAUCUUCCAAAAGAAUGUUGGGGAACUGCGCCCAGCCAGGAUAUGUUCCUUUUGGACUGCAGUGUCCCAGCACCUGUCCUGCUGGAAUUGCUGGAGGAUGAGAUGGGGUUACCUAAGCAUGAUGGCUUCUUAUCUUCUGAAAGUUCUUCUUGUAAAAGUGCUUUGGGCAAGGAUCCAGAAGAAAAUGUAAUUAGUCAGCUAAUGGAGAAUGUGGAUCUGUCAGAGGACGCUCCAAAAUUGUUUGUAGAACUGCAUCAGUCUGAAGGCAAAACCACUCCUAAACCUGAGUCAUCAAAACUGCUUUCUGAUGCAGCAGGAAAGCUCUUUAGAAAUGCCAGUGAUUCAGAACGUUUAUCUGCCAACCUUUCACCGGUGUUGGAAUCCUCCAGGGGACAUACGUUUGGUUGGAGUGAUUCUUGCAUGAUUACUGAUAUAUCUCCAACUCCUGUGCCAGACAACCAGCGUAUGCAACAGAAUUUUAAAAGCGUGUCUGAGGAAGAAAAAAGAAAGUUUGUUCCAGCUCCAGCUGACAAUAAACUUCACGCUGCUAUGCCCUUCUGGCCAAUCACUGUGGCUGCAGAGCUCAGUAAGGAGAUGAACACCAUGAGAGAAACCUUGGCAAAUGUGAACAAAAAUGAACUAACGCUCUCCGACUGGAGUGUAGAGAGAGAGCACAGAAGUGCUGGAGUUUCACCUUUUAAUGAGGGAUCAUUCUUUGUACAUCUGGCUCAUCCGAUUCAUCAUUCUACCCCAGGGUUUUUUACAACCAGAAGCUUGAACCGCGAAGGCCCUGGUGUGGCCCUCCCUGCCAAAUCAGUACUUCAGGCCCCUCUUUCUUGCUUACGUGAAGAGAUUUCAAAGACUUCUUAUGCCAAUACACGCAUUUCAUCAGUGGAAGAGCCUUGUGUUCCGUCUGUGGAAGACCCCUGUCUGUUUCCCACUAAAAAGAGUUUUACAUUUCACAGUGGCCAAGGCUUAAAAAAUGAAAAUAGCAGUGGUUCUGCAGUUUUGCCACCUCUUAAGGGUAGAAUUCAGUCCUUGCCUUCUCUUAAUUUUAUGGAGAAAGUAGGAGCAUGGGACCUGAGCCAUUCAACUGAGAGGCUGCCAGAUGCGUUGGCUUUACGUGGUUCAGAUGGCAUUUCUCCCAGGCAGAAGGCCUACGAUGCUAUUGCUGAUUCCUUAAACUGCAUCUUGGUAAAGCAACAGAGUCUGGUUGAUCUUAAGGCAAGGCUGGCCACCCCUUUUUGUGGGCCAAGCUCCAUGACCAGUCUUCACUCCUGUGAUAACAAGUUUCCACAUGCUUUACCAUUUACCAGGUCUCAGUCUGAAACCUCAGUGAUCGCAAUGAGCAGAGAGAUUUCAAGGGCAGAAAUAGGUAAUGAAACAAGACAGAAUGAUACUCUUAAACAAGCAGAAGUCAAUAGCAAUGUUUCGAGAGCUUCUAGAAUUGAACAAACUGAUGUGACUAACAAAGACUCUCUUAGCCAACAUUAUAAAGCUAUUCCAGUCUCUGUUGUGUCCAGUGAUGAGGAAAGUGUUGGUAAAGGAAGACAUUCAGAUCACCUUAUUACAAGCAAAAGAGUUGCUGAACUCCUCAAAGAAGAAGCCAGUUCUCUCAGUGGUAGCAGAGAAGAAUCUGAGGGCUCCGAAGAGAAUGCAAGAGAAUUGUCAGAGUGUUAUUUUCAUCCUGAUCAGAUGGAGAUGGACUAUUUUAGUGAUGUUUCCCCGGACAAUUUAAACCAAGUAACUGAUUCCGGAACAGAAAGUUGUACUGACUUGAGGCUGUCUUCGAGGCAGUCUUCAGGAUCUUCUGCUGUUUUUGGAAAGUUGCAGAACAGUUUGGAAGAUGAAUUAUUACGAACUCCAAAUCAUGGCGAGCUCAAUAUAGAAGAGAGAAUACCGGUGUACCUCCAUAACCUGGGGAUUGACCAGUCACCUUCGUCUAUUCUGACUCCAUUUAUGCCUCAGGGGCCCAUUAGAGAAAUCGAAUUUUCUCCAACUGAGCUCAGAACAUUGAAGGCAUCUACUGAUCUUUUCCACUUGCACUUAUCAGAAGAAGAUUCACAGUCUGUGAAAGAUGCUAUGGGGUCAACCUUGAAUUCUUUGCUGCUCAGUGGGCCUGCUCUGGCAGGGUCAGAUGUCUCUGAUACUUCACUACCUACAAAGCUUUCUCCACAACCCUCCAGAGAUCUCCUCCAUCAGAGCAACUCUCACUGGAAAUCUCAUGCUGUAACACCACCUCUUGCAGAGUCUAUUCCUGAGUUUCCUUCUGCUCCCAUUCCAACAGAAGAAAACCAAGUAAUCCCAGGAGUUCCAUCCAACGUUCGUGAGGAAAUAUCAACAAAAUGUGCAGAGUUACCAGAGGACAAUUUAGACUCAAACAAACUUGGUAUAAGUCAAGCAAAACCAUCUUCCAGUCCUUUGUCUCAGGACAAUGAUGAAAAGUGUGUAAGUGAAGAAAUUAGAUCUUCAAAUGUAAUUUCUGCUGGAGAAAGAGAUGAUUCCUUCACAGGGUCAAACACACCAAAAGAGAGGCAGAAGCUUGUGGCAGAGAUAGACACUAGAACUUCAAAUGAAAAAUUCAGAUCUGCUUCAUGCAUCUCUUCUUCCAGCUCAUUAACAUAUAUCAAUCAGAGGGAGUUGUCUGGAGAUCCUGGAUCAGUUAAGAAGAGUAGACUGGGGAUUCAGAGAGUUUGGUCAUGGGAUGAGAGCAUGGCCAAGCAGAAUAUCACUGGAAACUUAAAAUGGGAAGAUUUGCAGAUUGCGGACUUGUGCGACAAGGAGCCAGUUGUACCUGAAAAGCUGAGGCCAGAAUCCCAGAAAGUGAGUGAAGAGCAUGGAAUGACAAAACCUGUAACGCGAUCAGAACCGGAAGGUUGCAACAGGAUAGCUGUGAAUAAAAGUCUUCCUGUUUCAAUAAAUAGGUCUGCAGAUAGCGAAGUAUGCCUCCCUCCAAAUCUAAAAGAGAUCCAGGCUGUUUCAGAUAUGGAGCCCUUGGAUGGUGUAUCUAACAUCUUGGGAAAUGUUCAGCAAAUUGAGGAGAAAACUAGUGAAACUCACAAUAAAGAGGUAGGUAGUCCUCACGAAAGUGCAAAUAGCAGCAGUGUGGACUCUCUGGGUAUCAAAGUGAAGAAACUUCUCCAGUAUGAGCAUUCCGUGAUCCACAGAGCUCCUUGGAUGGAGAUGAAGGAGCGUGAUGGAUCUGGCCCCAGAGAGCACUCCGUUGCAACCAGCGCAGCUUUCAGCAGAGAAGAUACCUGUAUUGGUCCCCAAGGGAGCAAUAACAGCAGCAGCUUGGACUCUUUGGCUGUCCGUGUCAAAACUCUUCUGGAAGAGGAACGCCCUGUGUGGCAUGCAACUCAAAUACUACAGAGUGUACAGGAAGAAGAAGAAAAGGCACGUGCCUGGGUGAAACUGAAACUGACAGCUCAGCUCCAAGACUCCAUACCUGACUUGAAUGAAGAAGACAGGUGGAUGAUAGAACAGAUUAAGAAAGAGCGGCUUUUGUGUUCUGGAAAAAAUGAACAUUCGGAGGACCAGCAGUGGGGAAGCGGCUUCAAAAGGUUUUCAAACCACAAUCCUACUGCAAAGCUAGAACCAGGACUCUUGACGAGUCCAAGAGACAAUGAACUGCAAAAGGCCCUUAAGAAACACAGUUUGCAACUAGCUGAGUUCUCCAAGGAAAUUGCAGUGUCUGGAACUGAUGAUGUCUUAACAGGUGAACCAGAGAUUAAACCCCUGAACAGUGUCCAAAGUCAUGUCUCCAGCCAACUACAGUCACACCCUGUUAAUGCCUUGGAUUCUAGAGCCAAUUUUUAUGUUCCCUUGGACACACAUCUCAUAGAACUGAAAGGUGCCUCAAAGGCACCCAAAAGAGGGGACAUGAGUAUAUCAGCCCAGUUGGAUCUCACUGAGAGCAGCACAUCUGUAGAAGCUGCCAAGCAAAUUACUUCUAUCACUUUUGCAUCUCGUAGGAGGUCACCUUCUCCUGCUUCCCAUGUGCCCCGGGCUGGCCUUGCUGAAGCUGACUCUCGUGAUCCCCUAUCUUUGGAAACCCAGCUUAGGAGCCAUGAGGAGCAGAAGCUUGAUAAACUGCAGCUGGAAAGUUACAACACUUGCAAUUCAGCAAGCCUAACGUCUCCUUAUACACUAGGGAAGAACGUUGGAUUUUCUUCCCAAAGAAUCUGUCCUCCAUCUGUGUCUAUCACGGUCACCAGUGAUGAAUCUCAUCAAGAAAAUGCUGCUGCUUCCAUGGAGAAAUCCCCAAGCAGUGGUGUUGUACAGAAGGACCUUGUUGCACAGAGCAAUGAGGAAAAGCAGGGUUCUUCUCUAGUUCUUGCUGAGCAGAAGAGGUACGAUAAGCCCAUGGAUAAUAUUCAUGAUAACAGAUCUAACCCGGAAAGAACUGUGACUGUGGUAAGCCAACCUCCACAAAAGACAAGUGAUGUGCGUUCCCAGGAUUGCUUGGUGGAUGGUGUGGGAAGCUUUGGCCACAUUCCUAAGCCACUUUUUCCUGAAGGCAAAGAGAGUAUGUGGAUGAGAAAAGGUCAAUAUACUUCUGAUUCAUAUUCAUGCAAGGCCAGAAGUAGAGACAUGGGGAAUACUAGUCUGUUACGCUCUUCUUCCCCAGACCAAAUUUCAACAGCCGUGCCAGUGUCUCCUUCAUCGCCAGCCAGAAAAGCCCUCUCUGGGGUCCACAUUACUCUCUCUCCAAAGCUUGUGGAUUUGGAUCUUCCAGGCCCAGGGGACAUUGGACCAGAAGGGAGAGAAAUUGAGGGCUUUAAGGAUGCUGUUAAGCCAGCAACUUCAGAAGCUCCCAGUCUUUUCUUAGAAGCUACCUCCAAGUUAAAGCCCACAGAACUUAAUCCAAAGACCCAAGAAUCAUCACACUUCUCAAAAGAGGCAUCAUUACAUGAUGUUCCAGGGGGGGCUAUACCAACCCUACAGCAAAGUCAAGAGUCCCUGGGAAGCCAAGAGCGUGUGCCAGUCCCAGCUCAAGCAAAUACUAGGGCUCGGAGUUCAAAUGUAUUGAGUCUAGGUGAUAACUUAAAGACGACAGCUUCUUCCCAAACAGAAAGGAUGUCAUCAGAUGCCAUCACUCAAAUAACAACAGAAAGCCCUGAGAAAACCACCUAUUCUGCAGAAAUAUUUGUUAAUGCUGAGAACGGUGAGGUUUCGCAUCAGAAGAGUCAUAAAAUCCCCAGCAACACAAUUCACAGUAUCCCCAAGAUCUCCAUUUUGAAUAGACAGGCUGAUCGGCCAUUGGUGCUGCCAUAUAAACCUCCUGGUUGCUCAGAGAUGUAUUACGUUCCCUGUCCAAAAGAAACCCUCAGGCUAUCGCGUGUCAGGUCCGAGACUACCAUGGAGAGCUCCCACUCAGGAUCAAAUGAUGCCGUUGCUCCCGACUUUCCACCACAGGCGCUUGGCUCAAGGGACGAUCAUUCUCCAGACGCAGCAAUUGUCAAACACAGAGAGGGUAUUUAUAGUAAGAAGGCUGCUCACAGGACGGCUUGGAUGGAGGAGAACGUAGCAAUGACGGGUGGUCCCAGAGAAAGCAUCACUGCCCGAAGUUCCCUGGAAUCUCUGAAAGCGACCCAUUCUGUCUUUGGAUCUCCUCAGUUUUACCCGCAGCGCCCAGCACCUCUGCAGGAUGACCCGGAUUUCUUUCCUGGAAGCAAGGCUUUGGGGCAGGAUGCAGCAUCCAGGGGUCCAGCCCCUCCUUCCCAAGAUUUAUUCCAGCAUAAGGGAAUACUAGAGAGCAGCCCAUCACCGCCCCCUCCUCUGCAUCUGGCCAAACGGGAGGACAGCUUUGCCCCGCUGAAUGGUGAGGUAGAUGACAGUGUUCUCGAGGAAUUGAAGAUCAAGGGCCCUUCAAAGAAAGACUUGCCUGACACCAAAAGGCCCGGCUUUGAAAUAGCUAGUGAACUUCUUUUGGGAAGCCGACCGAUUAGUUUCAAGGAGAAGCCAGUCGCUGAUCCACCAAGGGUGCAAAGCACUCAUUUAACCAGCAGUCUGGAUGAUCUCUGGGCCAAGUAUUUGGAGCGACAGAAGCAGCAUCAGCAGCUGAGCCCCGGCGGCGGCGGCAGGACUGAACUUUCUCUCGUGGAGCGGCUGGACCGCUUGGCCCGGCUGCUGCAGAAUCCCGUUCGGCAUUCCCUGGCACUUGUCCUGGAGGACCGGAACAGCAGCCAGGAGGAACCCAAGAGGAAAGAGCCAGGGGUCGCCAGCUCUCGAGGCAAAAAGAUGGCGGCCAGAAAGAAAGUGGCUUCGCAGCCCAGCAUAGGAACGGUGGAAGAGGCCCCUGUGGCCCCCAGCAGUGCCUGGCAGCCGAGGUCUGGUCGUCCUAAAACUGGAGACGCCGCGGCUGUUGACCGCAUGGAUAGAAAGUGGGAGCAGUCCCAGAACUCGGAGACUCUGAGUGACGUUUCUUCCGAAAUGAGGCCUGUGAGAGACUCCAGCAUGUUAACUGACGUGACCUCCGAAUCCGAGGUGACUCGGGCAGAAACAGAUAGCGCCACUCAGACCGAGGCAAGUGAAUCUGUUUCUACAAUCAACACAGCCAGGCUGAUCAGGGCUUUUGGGCAUGACAGAGUGCAGGCGUCUCCCAAACUGUCCCAGCUGUACAGCACCAUUAACUUGCAAAAGACGCGUUCUGAGACCUGGGCCAAGCGAAGCAAGAAAGCCAGGGGUGCCGGCUGCCCAAAACUGGUUCAGGCCGAACAAAAAAGAAAAGAUGUUCAGGCAACCACAGCUUUUGUGUCCUCGGAUUCCGUUUCAAGCUUCAGCAGUUCCCACGGGCCAAGCCCUGCUCUCAGUUGCAAACGGAUGUUAAAUAAGGCCGUUCAAGCAGGAGACUUUGAGAUUGUGAACAGCGCCACUAAGAAGCACACCCGCGAUGUGGGCUUGACUUUCCCCACCCCGACAUCAAGCCAAGGAACGCUCCAGGGAGGGGCCAGGAGCAGGACAGAGAAUCAGUUUGCUCAGCGAGACGGGCUCCCGGCGGAAGACAAGGACCAGCAGAAACGGCAGCCGGGCAGCUUCCUGGCAGAGAGGAGGCCGAGAAGGAGUCCGUCGCAGUGGAUGCAAGGAGUUUCUUGGUUUGUCCCUGCAGCAGAUCUAAAACCUGACCCCCAGGAAUGGGCUGGUGCUGGCUUCCUACCUGGCCCUGCUCCGGUGUGGCCAGAGCCCUCGCCCAGAAGAAAGCAGUGGCGAGAACCUCUCCAUGAGAAGAACUGGCCAGAACGUCACGGGGGCCUCCAGGUGCGUCUGGCGGUUCCAGCAAGAGAUGCUGAGAAUGAGCCUCCCCCGCCUUUGGGGAAAAUGACAUUGCAGGAGUCUCUUGCAGUGCAUCGUCCUGAUUUCAUUUCCAGCUCUGGGGAACGUGUGAAACGCCUCAAGCUACUCAUGGAAGAAAGAAAGCUGCAGAGCGUAUUCCAGGGGGAGAGAGAACAAUUGUUUAAUCCCCCUGAUGUGAGGAGUUAUAGGAAAACAAGUGGUCUUUCUAACCGAGACUACCGGGCGAUUCGGAGCAGAGCAGUUUCCAAGAAUGAAAUGGUUGAGCGAUCCAAACGCAUCUACGAGCAGCUGCCUGAGGUGCGAAAAAGACGCGAAGAAGAGAAGAGGAAGUCCGACUAUUCCACCAACCGGUUAAAGGCCCAGCUUUAUAAAACGAAAAUCACCAAUCGUAUUUUGGGAAGAAAAAUCCCUUGGGAAUGACGCCGAGAACAACAGAGCAACCUCCUGGUUUAAUAAACCAUAAUGCAUGUAGUAGGUUUUUAACUCUUUUUUUUUCUUUUUGGCGUAAGCUAGAAUUUGUGCAUCUAGAUUACUCAGGCAGUUUUCCCCGUAUGCACCUUAGAUUUCCUGACAUUAAUUGGACUUCAUGGGUGCCCUUCCCAGUCACCAAAUAGUUCCACCCUUGUCUUUGCAAACCAGUGAUCGUAGGAAGACUUUUUUGAAACCAACCAAUGAGGACUUUUUGUGUUCUACCUACAUUCUCGCGGAUCAAGGCUAUGUAGAAUUAAUUUAUAAACAGCAAUUAAAUUGGUGGUUUUAUGUGUGAAAGUAGCUUUUGUUAUUUUUAUAUAUAUUUGUAUUUCAAGUACUUUGUAUCACCGACGACUGGAUAAUUACUCUGUAUUUUUAUCUCUCCGUGGUGGAAAAAAAUUAAAAUAUCUUACAGUA